CUACCUUUUCUUCCCCCAAUUUCUCCCAUUUCUCUGUUCAAAAUAAAAUAUCUGGAGAAAUUCAUUUCCAAAUUCAACAGCAGCUGAAUUCCUGAAUAAAAUCCAGUUCAAAACUUAAAAACGCCUCGUCGGAGGCGACUGCAGCGGCUUUCCGAUCAAAUACCGAGUUUUGAUCCGUUUGUUUCAGAGUUUUCUUAUUAUAGGUUUUUUCUUUCGAAAUUUUGUGAUUAUUGGAUGAUGGCGAGCCUGAUUGGGAAAAUUCGGGGUUUGGAUGCUUAUCCUAAGGUUAAUGAAGAUUUCUACAGCAGAACGCUCUCCGGCGGCUUUAUAACCCUAGCUUCGUCCAUCGUUAUGCUCCUCCUCUUCGUUUCUGAGCUCAGAUUAUAUCUUCAUGCAGUUACUGAGACAAAGUUAGUGGUUGAUACGUCUAGAGCAGAAAGGCUCCGUAUUAAUUUUGAUGUGACUUUUCCAGCACUACCGUGCUCUAUAGUCAGUCUUGAUGCCAUGGAUAUAAGUGGAGAGCAGCACUUGGAUGUCAGACAUGACAUUAUCAAGAAAAGAAUUGAUGCCCAGGGUAAUGUAAUAGAGACAAGAGCUGAUACCAUUGGUUCCCCCAAGAUUGAUCGACCUCUACAAAAGCAUGGUGGAAGACUUGAACACAAUGAAACUUAUUGUGGUUCAUGUUUUGGUGCAGAAGCGUCCGAUGAUGAUUGUUGUAACAACUGUGAAGAAGUACGUGAAGCAUAUAGUAAGAAAGGCUGGGCAUUAUCAAAUCCGGAUAUGAUUGAUCAGUGCAAAAGAGAAGGAUUUCUACAAAAGAUCAAGGACGAAGAGGGGGAAGGUUGCAACAUUUAUGGAUUCUUGGAUGUCAAUAAGGUAGCUGGUAAUUUUCAUUUUGCACCUGGGAAGAGUUUCCAGCAGUCAAAUUCCCAUGUUCAUGAUCUGCUGUCCUUUCAGAAGGAUAGUUUUAAUCUUACUCACAAAAUCAACAGAUUAGCAUAUGGAGAUUUCUUCCCUGGUGUUGUAAAUCCUCUUGAUGGUGCGGAAUGGACACAGCACACAGCUAAUGCAAUGUAUCAGUAUUUUCUCAAGGUGGUACCAACUGUGUUCACAGAUAUAGGUGGACAUACCAUCCAGUCAAAUCAGUUUUCUGUAACUGAACAUGUCAGAGGUGCCGAAUUGAGCCGACUCCAAGCUCUUCCGGGAGUGUUUUUCUUUUAUGAUCUUUCCCCAAUUAAGGUGACGUUCACAGAGACGCAUGUUUCCUUCUUGCACUUCCUCACCAAUGUCUGUGCUAUUGUUGGAGGCAUUUUCACAGUUUCGGGGAUAGUCGACUCCUUUGUGUAUCACGGCCAUAGGGCAAUAAAAAAGAAAAUGGAACUAGGUAAGUUCACCUAAUGGUUGAUGCAAUGGCACUUGGUUAUUUGCAGUUGGAAAAGGGCGUCCCUUUAAAACGGAAGGUGGAACACACUUUCGUGCUGCCCGGUCCAUGCUUGAAGUUAUCAGAUGAAUCAACAGUCACAACAAGGGUAUAUACUCUCAUCACAUGACUAUGUUUUAGAUGUGGACCGGUUUUGAUAUUUACUCUCAUCCAAAUGUUGUUCCACGCUAGUUGGUCUUGAGAUAUCUUACUUCACUUAUGCUUAAUAUAUUUGCUUAUUAGUUUUAAUAACAAUUUUAAAAGUGUAUGUUUGAUCGGUCA